UCUGUUCUAAAUUUGAUACAAGUUUAGUGUACGUUUUAAUCAAAGAAAUGGAGAGUAGUUCAUCUUGUCCAAAAAUCCAGUCUCUCAAGUAUGGGAACCUCAUAACCAUACUCAGUAUCGAUGGAGGAGGAGUCAGAGGAAUCGUUACUGGUGUUCUUCUUGCCUACCUUGAAUCUCAACUCCAGGAGAUAGAUGGUGAGGAUGCAAGGCUUGCAGAUUACUUUGAUGUAAUUGCAGGAACCAGUACUGGGGGCCUAGAAACUGCUAUGAUAUCGGCACCAAAUGAACGUGGACGUCCUCUCUAUGCAGCCAAGGACAUAGUUCCUUUUUACAUUAAACACAGUCCCAAAAUAUUCCCACAGCCACCUGUGGUAGUUUCAUGGAUUGUAAAUCCAGUGAAAGCUCUGACAGGACCCAAAUAUGAUGGGAAGUACCUUCACAGACUACUCAAGAUGGAACUGGGCAACACAAAGUUGCAUCAAACCAUAACCAGUGUGGUUAUCCCAACUUUCGAUAUCAAGAAGCUGCAGCCUGUUCUCUUUUCCUCUUAUCAGCUGUCUUGCCGUCCAACUUUAGAUGCUCUACUGAGUGACAUUUGCAUUGGCACCUCUGCGGCACCAACUUAUCUCCCUGCACAUUAUUUCCAGAACCAAGAUGCAGAUGGGAAUAAUGAGGAAUUCAAUCUCAUCGAUGGUGCCAUUGCUGCCAGUAAUCCGACAUUGGUUGCAAUAAGUGAAGUGACAAAACAAAUAACCAAGAAAGACCCGAAUUUCACCCAAAUGGAGCCGUUCAAUUUUGAUCAGCUUCUUGUGAUCUCGUUGGGAACAGGGUCAUCGAGGAAUGAAGAAAAAUACAAUGCAAAAACAGCUUCCAAGUGGGGGGUCAUAAGCUGGGUACUUACCGAUGGCUCCAGUCCAAUAAUACAAUGUUAUGAAGAAGCAAGUGCUGAUAUGGUUGAUUAUCACAAUUGUGUAGUCUUUCAUGCCCUUCAUUCUGAAAACAACUACUUACGGAUUCAGGAUGACAUGCUACAAGGUGAUUUAUCUUCGGUUGAUGUGUGUACAAAGGAAAACUUGGAAAAUCUUGUCAAGGUUGGGGAACAAUUGUUGAAGAAACCAGUUUCCCGCGUAAACCUAGACACCGGUAAAUAUGAACCAGUCGAAAAUGCUGGCACCAAUGAAGAAGCCCUCAAAAGAUGCGCAAAACUACUUUCGGAUGAGAGAAAACUGCGGGAUUCCAAAUUUACACACGACAAGGGUUCAAAAUAGAAUGCUUCAUCAUACAGCUUUGUAGAUACGGUUGUAAAAUGUAAUCCCCCUUACAUUUUUUUAUGAAUCACAUGAGAGGAAACAAUUAUUCCAAGCUUUAAAUAAUAAUUCUACUUUUGAA